GCACCAUGUCCAUGUCCAUGCCGACCUGAUAAUGCUAAUAGACCUGCUGUACCGGACGUCUUACUACUAGGGGCUUCUGAUUAUUGACGAGACGGGCCAGGAGCAACAACACAUUGCAUCGCCGCCUCUCGAUCUUUUUUCCCGUCCCCAUCAUGGCCCAGCACAGCGUGAGAAAGAGCCAGUGGUCGGAAGAAUACGACACGCUGAAAAGAGAAGAGUUGUUCAGGAAUCCUCCCGCCGGCAAAAGCGCAUACCCUCUCCUCCAGGAGACGAUACGACCGCACGUCGACUCGUUCAACUCCAUCUUCACCGGUCAAUUAGAGCAUGGUCUCAGAGACAUUGGCACAAAAACUUUUCUCGAUGGAAACCCACGAGAUGACGGGCCCAAGAAUCGCUUGCAGAUGAGAGUUGCAAGUGUAUUCCUCGAUAAACCACAACUCCCUCCGAGCAACAAGACCGAGGCGACGAGACGCGAGAUCCUGCCAGUCGAGUGCAGAGAACGACAUGUCACCUACCGAGGUCGCUUCCGAGGCAGACUAGAGUGGAGGAUCAAUGAUGGCCCGUGGAAGGAGAGUCCGCGCGACUUUGGGAUGCUGCCCAUCAUGUUGCGAUCCAACAGAUGCCAUCUCGAAGGGCUGUCGCCGAAGAAGCUGGUCAACGCACGAGAAGAGACGGAAGAGCUAGGCGGCUACUUCAUUGUGAACGGCAUAGAAAAACUGAUUCGCAUGUUGAUUGUCAACAGGCGGAACUACCCUAUGGCCAUCAUACGACCCUCGUUUGUGAAUCGAGGCACAGCAUACUCCAAAUUCGGUGUACAGAUCAGAUCAGUGCGUCCGGAUCAGACGUCACAGACGAAUGUGCUGCAUUACCUGAACGACGGCACUCUCACCUUCCGUUUCUCAUGGAGGAAGAAUGAAUAUCUGAUUCCAGCGGUCAUGGUUAUGAAGGCUUUGGCAGAGACGAACGACCGCGAGAUCUUCGAGGGUAUCGUGGGCCCAGCUGGAGGCAAGGACAUGGAUACAAAGCAGUUUGUGAUUGAUCGUGUGGAACUGUUGCUGCGAACCUUCAAACCGUAUAACAUGCAUACGAAGGCCAAGUGCAGGGCGUACCUCGGAGAAAAGUUUCGACCAGUUCUGGGCCUGCCUGAUGAUAUCUCUAAUGAAGAUGUGGGAACGGAGCUGCUGAGGCGAAUUGUGCUGCCUCAUUUGGGGUCAUACGAUGUGACCGAGGCCAACGAUAUGGACAAGUUCAGAAUGUUACUGUUCAUGACGCGGAAACUGUACGCGCUCGUCGAGGGUGAAUGCGCCGUUGACAACCCUGAUGCAGUGCAGAAUCAGGAGAUUCUCUUGCCAGGUCAUCUUUACGGCAUGAUUGUGAAAGAACGCAUCGAAGAGUGGCUGACAACAGCAGUGCGUACUCAGCUAUCAAUCUGGGGUGCUCAGAACCAGUACCCGUCCUUCCUCAGCAAGGAGUUUGAGAGAGAUUUCAUGACCAAAGUGAUCCGAAAAACAAAUGAGAAUCUGGGCCAAGGACUGGAUUACUUCAUGUCUACUGGAAAUCUGGUCAGUCCUUCGGGUCUGGAUUUGCAGCAGGUCAGCGGAUUUACCGUCGUGGCGGAGAAGAUCAACUUCUAUCGGUUCAUCAGCCAUUUCCGCAUGGUGCACAGAGGUAGCUUUUUCGCACAACUGAAGACGACCACAGUCCGCAAGCUGCUGCCAGAGAGCUGGGGCUUUCUUUGUCCCGUUCACACUCCCGAUGGAUCUCCUUGUGGUCUGCUGAAUCAUUUGGCACACAAAUGCAAGAUUGCAACCUCUAGUGCAGACACUACACACUUGCCUGAUGUGAUUGCACAACUCGGAGUGACAAGUACGUCUGAAGCUUCGCUCAACGAUAGCGUGACUGUGCAGCUGAAUGGCCGAAUCUUGGGCUACUGCUCGCCGAAGCAGGCCAAGGUCAUCCACGACACUUUGAGAUACUGGAAAGUCGAGGGCACACACAACGUCCCUCUGGAUCUCGAAAUCGGGUACGUGCCGCUAAGUGCAGGAGGCCAGUAUCCUGGUGUGUACAUGUUUUCCGAAGCGGCACGAAUGAUACGGCCUGUCAAGUACUUGCCUUUGGAGAAGCUCGAUCAUAUUGGACCCUUUGAGCAACCCUACAUGAGUAUUGCAUGCACGGAACCCGAGAUUGCUUCUGGAGACUCGUCACAUGUCGAAUUUGACGUUACCAACAUUCUGUCAAUCGUUGCCAACCAGACACCCUUCUCGAACUUUAACCAAUCGCCCAGAAAUAUGUAUCAGUGUCAAAUGGGUAAACAGACCAUGGGCACGCCUGGAACCGCACUCAAAUAUCGCACAGACAAUAAAUCAUACCGUUUGCAGACUGGUCAAACUCCGGUAGUACGAACGCCCAAGCACAACGAGUACGGCCUGGACAACUUCCCCAACGGCACGAAUGCGGUGGUAGCUGUCAUCUCCUACACUGGCUACGACAUGGACGACGCUAUGAUAUUGAACAAAUCAGCACAUGAACGUGGAUUUGGGUACGGCACGAUAUACAAGGCCAAGAAAGUCGAUCUCAACGAGGACAAGGGAAGGAGGGGAGCCCAAGUCACCUCAGUCUUCGGAUUUGCGCCUGGUGGACUGAUCAAAGCACAAUGGCGGGCAACAUUAGACGACGAUGGGCUCCCUGCUGUGGGGACGAAAGUACGAGAGGGUGAUGCCAUCGCCGCGCAUUACAGUGUUACGAAGGAUCCCCACACUGGCGAAUACGAGAACAAAGAUGGCGUCACUCAUAUCCAUCGUUACAAGGAUGCUGAAGAGGCAUACGUGGAGGAGGUCAAGAUCAUUGGGAAUGAGCUCGGAAACGGUGAACCCUUCCAGGCCGUCAGCAUCCGUUUUCGCAUUCCUCGCUCCCCUGUCAUUGGCGACAAAUUUUCCUCUCGCCAUGGCCAAAAAGGUGUCAUGUCUCAAAAAUGGCCCACGACCGACAUGCCCUUCUCCGAAUCCGGCAUGCAACCCGACGUAAUCAUCAACCCUCACGCCUUCCCGUCUCGCAUGACGAUUGGAAUGUUUGUCGAGUCCCUCGCCGGCAAAUCAGGAGCCCUCCACGGACUCGCUCAAGACUGUACGCCGUUCAAAUUCAAAGACAAAGAGGGCGAAACGGCCGUGGAAUACUUUGGUCAUCAACUCCAACGUGCCGGAUACAAUUAUUACGGCAAUGAACCCAUGUAUUCUGGCAUUACGGGAGAAGAACUGGCGGCGGACAUUUACAUUGGAGUGGUAUACUAUCAACGUCUGAGACACAUGGUCAACGACAAAUUCCAAGUGCGAACCACCGGUCCCGUCACCCCUCUGACCGGCCAACCCAUCAAGGGCAGAGCCAAGGGAGGUGGUAUUCGAGUGGGAGAAAUGGAACGCGACGCCCUCAUCGCCCACGGCACCUCGUUCCUCCUCCAGGACCGUCUGAUGAAUUGCAGCGAUUACACCAAAGCGCACAUUUGUAAGAAAUGCGGCAGCUUUUUGAGCGUGCAGCCCAGUAGUGGGCAAUUCGGCACGAGAAGAAGAGAGGGUGGGAGGGUGCGAUGUCGCAGAUGUUCGCGCAAGGCCAGCCAGACGGACGCGACGAGUCUGUGUUGGGUGGAUCGGAAGGGAGAGAAAUGGUGUGGUGGUGACGAGGUGACUGUGGUGGCUAUUCCGGGCGUGUUGAAGUAUUUGGAUGUCGAGUUGGCUGCCAUGGGAAUUCGGAUGAAGUUUGAUGUUGGGCCGUGAUGUACUCACUACCUAGUAGCAUACCUCCUACCUACAUGUACCGAAGGUGCAAGGUACCUACAUGUACCUUACCUACAUGUAGGUACUAGGUAGGUACCUUGUCUUGACAUGUUACUUGGCAAUGCAAAUGCAAUGCAAAUGCAAUACAAUACAAAUAUGGUGUCUGAGC